GUUAAUUGUCGUGCUUUGCGCGCAGUCGUGUUGUUGAGCAUAUUACGAGCCGUUACGCAGACGUCGUAUUUUCACAUCCGAAAACCAAUAAGAAAAGUUUAAAUUGCAAAGAGCCAUAACACACACACAAUAAUACAACGGAAUAUACAUGCGUCCAUCAUUAAGUGAUAAUUGAAAAUUUUAUAAAAGCAAAAUCCAUAACCAAAAUCCAUACAAAUUGAUAAAUUACACAACAUAGUCGUAAAAUGGAUGCGUCGCUCGUAGUAUUAGCUACAAACACAACAGCAGCAGCAGCAACAACAUCGGAAGCAGCCGACAGCAACAGCAGCAGCAAUAACAACAGCAGCAACAACACCAGCAGCAGCAACACCAGCAGCAGCAACAGUGUCAUCCAUCAAGAGGAACCACACAAAAUUAGCGCCUUCUUCAGCAGCAGCUGCAACUAUCAGAGUCGGAUCCAGCAGCUGAUCAGCUUCAGCUUCACCUCGUCGUUUCACCUCAUCUUCAUAACAUGCAUAUUGAGCAUCAGUAAAUUCUGCAAUGCUGCCGCCAUGAAUGCAGCACAGGUUACAGCCUCGGCUCCCAGUGCCAGCCUAAUAAUCUCAAAUCUAAGUGGAUCAGCAUUGCUGGAGAAGAUUCGAAUGACAACGCUGGGUCCGCAGAUAGAUAAACUGAAGAGUUUCACACCUGCCGUGGCCAAUAGUUUAAGCACGGGCAACAGCAUAGGCAACUCAAUUGGUGCAUCGCUCUUCAACAGUAAACCGAUCAACUUUAACAUGGAAUUCGAAUUUCUAAAUGUGUCCGGCAAGGUUGGCACAGCGCUGGAUAUAUCCAACUCAAUGCCCAACUACUGUGAGGAGAAGCAAUUUCGUUGCAACAGCGGCGAAUGCAUAUCAGUGAAAUUUGUCUGUGAUGGCGCCGCUGAUUGCAAGGAUCAGAGUGAUGAACAGCGAGAGCAAUGCAAGUUUCCAGAGGCAACAUGCCCGGCCGACCAAUUCCGCUGCGGCAAUGGCAAUUGCAUACCGAAGUUAUGGCGCUGUGAUAAUGAGAAUGACUGUGCGGAUGGUUCCGAUGAAGCCCCUGGCACAUGCAUAAUGUCAUGCCUGCUCGGCUUCGAGUUCAAGUGCCGAAAUGGCGAACAGUGUUUGCCAGCCCAGUGGAUGUGUGAUGGCGCUCCCGAUUGUCGCGAUGGUUCCGAUGAACUUGAUUGUCAGAUAAAGGCGUGUUCAUCAGAAGAGUUCACCUGUAAGAAUGGCAUCGGCGAGUGCAUCCCACUCACCUGGAUGUGUGAUGGCAACAAGGAUUGCAGAGAUGGUAGCGAUGAGGCGUCGUGCAAUACCACCUGCCGCACGGAUGAGUUCACCUGCGGCAACGGUCGCUGCAUACAGAAGCGUUGGGUCUGCGAUCACGACAACGAUUGCGGCGAUGGCACCGAUGAGCACGAUUGCCAUAAUAUCGGCUGCCCAGCCGAUGCCUUCACCUGCGGCGAUGGCAUGUGUAUACGCAAGAGUUGGAUGUGCGAUGGCGAUCAGGAUUGCUACGAUGGCAGCGAUGAGAAAGAUUGCGCCGCAUCUGUUAGACCACUUUCCUGCAGCACAAACGAGUUUCUCUGCAAGGAUCGCAUUACCUGCAUCUCAAAGUCGUGGCUCUGCGAUGGCGAUCGCGAUUGCCCCAAUGGCGAGGAUGAGGAUAUGUCAAACUGUCCGAAUAUCACCUGCCGAGCAGAUCAAUUCCAGUGCCACGAUCGCAGCUGCAUUGCCGGCCAUCUGGCCUGCAAUGGUGAAUCCGACUGCAAGGAUGGAAGCGAUGAACGCGACUGCAGAUUGGCUGCAAAGCGACAGAGCUGCAAUGCAACGAUUGAAUUCGACUGCGGCGGUGGACAAUGCAUUCCCUUGUCCAAGGUCUGUGACCAGCGCAAGGAUUGCCCCGAUGGCGAGGAUGAGCCGGCGGGCAAGUGCAAAAUCAACGAAUGCGCCACCAAGAAUGGCAACUGCAUGCAUCGCUGUGUCGAUCAACAGAUUGGCUACCACUGCGAGUGUCGAUCGGGUUACAAACUAUCUUUAGAUGGCCACACGUGUGUGGAUAUCAAUGAGUGCGAAGAGCCGGGCGCCUGCUCACAGAUCUGCAUCAAUGAGAUGGGAGGCUACAAGUGCAAGUGCCACGAGGGAUACAUGAAAGAUCCCAGCAAUCACACGCGUUGCAAAGCCACUGAGGGUCAUGCUUCACUGCUGUUGGCACGUCGUCAUGAUAUUCGAAAGAUUGCGCUGGAUCACAUGGAGAUCACAUCGAUUGUGAACAACACAAAGUCAGCCACAGCUCUGGAUUUUGUCUUCCGUACUGGCAUGAUAUUCUGGAGCGAUGUGACCACACAAAGCAUCUACAAGGCUCCCAUCGAUGAGGGCAACGAAAAAACAGUUGUGCUCAAGCAAUCUUCAGUCACUUCAGAUGGUCUGGCUGUGGAUUGGGUUUACAAUCAUGUGUACUACACGGACACGAGCAAAUGCACGAUAGAAAUGACCAACUUUGACGGCAACAUGGGCGCGGUCUUGAUCAAGGAUUCGCUUGAUAUUCCACGUUCCAUUGCACUCGAUCCCAUUGAUGGCUGGAUGUAUUGGUCCGACUGGGGAGCAUCGCCUAGGAUUGAACGAGCUGGCAUGGAUGGCUCGCAUCGCACCACGAUUAUCAACUAUGAUGUGAAGUGGCCCAAUGGCAUCACUCUCGAUAUGGUGCGAAAGCGUAUCUACUGGGUGGAUGGCAAACUGAAUGUCAUCUCCUCAGCCAACUACGAUGGCUCACAGCGCAGACAGAUUCUCUACUCGACGGAGUAUCUGCGACAUCCGUUCUCCAUCACCACCUUUGAGGAUUACAUCUACUGGACGGACUGGGACAAGCAGACCGUCUUCAAGGCCAACAAGUUCACCGGCGAAGGUGUCGAGCCCAUUACAGCUGUACACAUGUUGCAGCAUCCAAUGGUUAUUCAUGUGUAUCAUGCAUACCGCCAGCCAGAUGGCGUUAAUCACUGCCAAUCGGUCAAUGGCCAUUGCUCACAUCUCUGCCUGCCCGCGCCGCGCAUCAAUGAGAAGAGUCCGCGCAUUUCGUGUGCGUGUCCCGCGGGUCUGAAACUGAUGGCCGAUGGCCUUAUGUGCGUCGAAGAUCAUAUCACAGCGCGAAACACAACUCGUGUUAAGCCAAGCAGUCGGCCUUCAGUAAACAGUUCAGUGUCGUUGCCAACGCCGUCAAGCACAGCAACAACAUCACCCCCGAAACUACCUCAAGAUGCACCAACGAGUGCAAUGCCUGCAGACAAAGUGCCCGCCGGAAAUGCGACACACAAGGAUGACAAACUCUUGGACUCGUCGCAGACUGAAGAGCAGAGCUCAACAUGGGCAACAGCAGUGCUCGUUGUCGGCUCCAUUGUCGGAGUAAUAGUUCUUGUGGGCACAUGCUAUUUGUUCAUAAAGCGUUAUCCGAAAAGAGGAAAUUCCAUGAAUUUUGUGAAUCCCACGUACAAUAAGACCACAGAGGAUACGUUCAGUUUGGAGAAGAAUGCGCCCAUCGAUGCAAGCAGUAAAUAUGCCCCAGCAUUGGAGGAAGAGGAACCCUUACGCGCUGAGGUCAUAGAAUGUGUUUGAAAUGAGAGCAUAGGAAAGCCAUACACAACAAAAA